ACACGGACUCACACCCCCCUGUGCCAGAGCCUCCCUGCCGCUGCACUCCGGAGCUCGGCUCACUCCCUCCACACUGGUUGCCAUUUCAGAGACACCACCACAGCCAUGGGUUCUGGGACCAAGGCUCCUGCGCCAGGGUUCGACAGGAGGACUCCAGCCUCUCCCGGGAUGAAGCGCUACUUCUUCCUCGCAGUGGUUCUCCUGACCUCUGUACCGGGUGUCAAACCUCACACUGCUGUGACGAUCAACUCAGUCGGCCUGGUGAUCCUGCCCAGCACCAGUGUGGCCAGCGGGACCAAUGUCAGCCUGAACUGCACGGUGGACAUCAGCGUCCUGGGCAGCCAGCCCCUGCUGUUCCAGUACAAGCUUCUGAAGAACGAUGAGGUGGUGUACUCCAAGAACCACACCGAGCAGACUCUAUUCUACCCCAUUGUGGGGGCCAGAGCUUCUCACUCUGGGAGGUACAAGUGUUCCGUCACAGUGGAAAGCAAGAGCCAGGACAGCCAAACCAAACGCUUAAACAUAUCAGGCCUGCAGAAACCCACUCUGACCCUGAGUGCCCAGACGGUGAUGGAGGGUCAGGAGGUCCUGGCAGAAUGCAGUGCGCCAAAGGAAACAGGCUCCUUCAUAUUCUAUUUUCACAAGGGGUCCAGCGAGUCCAUGCAAUCCCAUGCAACCACAAACCGCGCAGAGAAGAAAAUUGUGUUUCACCCAGGAGAAAGGAGUGCCGUCAUUUAUUGCAAUUUCCGAAUCAUGACUUUGCCCGAAGCCGGAGAGUCAGACCGCAGUAACGCUGUGAACGUCACCAUCCGAGAAUUACUGAAAGAGCCGCUGUUCGUAAUUAAACCAUCAGAGCACAUCAUCGAGGGGGACAGUCUGGAGGCAGAGUGCAGUGCCUACCCCCAGUCCUCCGCAGACACCCAGAUCCUCCUGAAAAAGGGUGCCAACAUACUGAAUGUCACCAGGGGCCGUGUGACCUACAGCUGGACCCCUCGGGCUGAGGACGCUGGAGAGUAUGUGUGUGUGGCUGAGCUCAGCUUGGUGAAGAAGGAGACUGCAAAAACUGUGAGUGUACAAGAGCUAUUUUCCAGGCCUGUCUUAACACCACAGCCACAGGAAGUAAAUGAAGGGGAGAGCUUCAAUCUGACCUGCAGGAGCACCAGCAUAACAAAAGAGAGGAUUUCUGCUGAUGAUGUGAAGUACAGCAUUUACAAGGGCAGUCAGUUACUAUCUCCAGAGCAUGUCAAUGGAGUUUACAGCAAGAAAGGAGCCACUCUGGAAGACGGAGAGUCCUACUUCUGCAACGCUUCAGCCAAAAACAUCACCAAGAGCAGCGAGGUCAUGCACUUCAAAGUCUACGCUCUCGUUUCCAAUCCCACAAUUAGAGUCACUGAUGACGUGAUCUUAGGUAAAGACUUCAAGAUUGAAUGUUUCUCUGAGUGGGGAACACUUCCCAUCAGUUAUACGCUGCUGAAAGCCCACGAAACCAUAAAUACUACAGUACAGAGGCACAGCAGGGAUCGCGCUCUGUUUCCUGUCAGAAUAAAGAGGAAGGAAGAAAUUGCGGAAUUCAAGUGCGAGGCUCAAAACCGAGGCCCCCACUCUGUGAAGCAGAGUGGCAUGCUCAACGUCCAAGUGAUAGAGCCAGUAUCUGCAGCUGUUUUAACAGCCCUCCCCAACAUCGUGGAAGGCACGAACACGUCUCUGUCCUGCGCUGUGCAAAGCGGGACGCCGCCCAUAACUUUUAAAUGGUACCAAACUGGGAAUAGGAAACCCCUGCACACCAACUUCAGUACCAACAAUGUUGGAAUCUACACCUUCAGAGCCAGCAGGGAUCAGAGUGGGACCUACUACUGCACGGCCACAAACAGAGCCCUUGAAACCAAAUACAGCAAUCAGACGGCUAUAUCUGUUAAUUUAGCGGAAUGGAAGACGACGGUCAUCGCUGUCGUCACCGUCCUGAUGCUCGUCUGCGUCGCUGGGUUCUGCGUCCUGUGGUUCAGGUCCCGGAAAGCUAAAAAGGAACGGGAUGCAGAACUGUCAGUAAAGCCUUCGAGCCCUACAGCAGAUGAACCUUUAGCAGUGAGUCUCACCAACGAGACAGAAGUUUAUAAUGCUCACAAAGGCGCCGUGCCACACUGUGAUGUCACUGAGGGGAAAGCGGCCAAUGGAACUCGAGAUAGUAUCGCAUCAUUUCCUGUCAACAGCAGCAGCAGGAGCAGUCGCAGUAGCCCUGUCACAGUGUAGUGGGCGGGGCCUCAGCCUGGCCCGCCCGCCCUCGUACCUGCAGUGCACGCCAAACAUUCACGAGAGGCCUCAAGGACCGCCCAGAAAUCUGCCAGAGAGAAGAGUACAGAGAGACGGUUUUUUUUUUUGGAAGCCUCUUGAAGACAUUGUUGUUGUUUUUCUUAAUGUGUUAUUUGAUUAUUUUUUUUUAAAGAACUGUUUGCUGACUGCAAAGCAAGGCGUUGAAGCCGUGAGGCUCAUCUCGCCUCACAGUGUGGAUUGGCCGGGCUGUGAGCAUCUCAAAUUCUCUCUGAACCUCCCCCCCACCCCGCACCCUGCACAGAGCCAGCCUCUACAUCCACUUUUACACAUGGUGUUGCAGGAGGGUGCUGUUAAAACAUAAUCUGCUGCAGGUGCACGUUUCUUGCGUAUCUGUUUAAUGCUCAAGGAGUUGGGAGACGUGGCUUUUCAAAGAGAAAGUUAUACUUCACAUAGUAACAUUACAUGCAAUGAAUAGAUUGUCAAUGAAACUGCUCACUUUUUUAAAUGAUUUUCUCCCCACUUCUUAUUCAUUUAAAACAAAUCUCUUACACAAGUAACUUGUAAUCGUGUAAAGUCACACAGUGACUAUAUGCAGUACAUAUACACCUACAGUACGUACAUAUUAACAGUAUGUAUUCUAGGAUGACAGUUACUGUUUAGAGUUGUCAUAUAGCACAUCUCCACUGACUGGCAUACUGUCUUACGAAUCACUUGUAAUCACUUUGUUUCUGAUGUCUGUGGCUUCUGUUCUAUACAUACUGUAGGAGGGUCUGAUGUAAUUAAUACUGCCACCAAUCUGUCCUCCUCUCUGCUGUCCCAGGGACUUGUCCUGUAAAUUCAUCUGAACGGAGAGUGUAUAUAUCUUUCAUUAUGUCCAUAUUAAAAGAAACACAUAUUUGUGUGUA